AUGGGGGGGAUGGAGAGUGACGAAAAUAACAAACAGGCUGUUUCUGGGUGUGGGGGUGAAGAGCUGAAGGACGAGCUUCGACUUUUACAAAAUUUAUGUAAUUUGGGUCCUGUUAUUUUCUGGCGUCAAAUUAUUAUUUCGUGCCUGUUGACGCUGGAGAAGAAAGUUGUCGUGUAAUUUCGAGUAACAGAGCUGUGAAGUCAGGGGAAGCAUCUUGUCACUUUUCCAGAAGUAAUGUUUUACUGGCAGUUGUAGCUAGCACAGACACAAAUGAAACGAGAGACAAUGGCUCAGGAGACAAAUCAGACCCAGGUGCCCCUGCUGUGCUCCACUGGCUGUGGUUUCUAUGGAAACCCACGCACCAAUGGCAUGUGCUCCAUCUGCUACAAAGACUUCCUGCAGAGGCAAAACACCAACGGCAGGGUCACUGAGACAGUGUCAGUGCCUGCUGUGUCAUCCAGCCUGAGCAGUUUAGACGAAUCUCUGUCUGCGUCAUCCUCCACAGUUACUCCCAUAGGAGUCCCACACGAGGAGGAAGUUUCGGGAGCUUCAGUCCAAGCAGAGCCGAAAACACAAGACGUAACAGCCUCAGGAUCAGAUGCAUCCACACAGCCAGCCACCCCCGAGCCAGACAAAUCCAAACCCAAAAAGAACCGCUGUUUCACCUGCCGCAAGAAAGUGGGCCUGACGGGUUUCGACUGCCGCUGUGGAAACGUGUUCUGUGGUGUUCACCGAUACUCUGACGUCCAUAAUUGCACCUUUGACUAUAAAGCUGAUGCCGCUGAGAAAAUCAGGAGAGAAAACCCGGUCAUCGUCGGUGAAAAAAUUGCAAAGAUCUGAGCCAGGACUCAUGGACAAUCCCUAGUCUUUUUCCCCCUCCCACCAUUUCCCCCCAUUUUCCCCUCCAUCCCACAUUGCACAGUGGACCUCUGAACAAUACCAGCACAGACCAUGAAUCAUGCACACCAUGCAGGAGUAUGUUUUUUUUUUUUUUUUUGGGGGGGGGGGGUUAAGCAAAUAUGUUUUCCCUUUUGAAUUUAUCAUUAUCUAUUGUUUUGUGUGAAAAAUGUUACAGAAAUCUAUAGAUUUAUACAAUUGUAUUAUAUUUUAAUUUCCAUGACUAACAGGGCUAUGGUGAGACUACUUGAGGGGCGGGUCUUUUCUCAAGUCUUUAAACAAAGAUUGCAUGUUAAACAAGCAAGGAUAUUUUUCUUUAAAUAAAGAGUAUAAACACGAGUGGCAGCUUUAGUUUCACGUUAACGGCUUAAAGCAUGCGAUGGACGUUGUAUCAGCUGGCUUUGCCCUCUAAAUUUUGUUCGAUGACUAAGAGUUUAUAAUCAAUAAUAUAGAAAGUGGUGUGAGUGUGUAAGCAUCUGUAUAUGUAUACUGAGUUGCUUUUGCAGAUAUACAGUUCGAGACUGGAGCACAUCUGUCAUGCACAAUUUAUCGGCUCGUUGAUGGUAAAGGAGCAUCUCGGGACCACAAUUGAUCAGAUACGAUUGAUGGUGGAUCAUUCUGUGCACAAUACAGACCCUGGUGUGGUAGCAUUUUAAAGUCAUACUGGUAUGACUGUAUCAGAUCAGCUCUGUUGUCGGGGGUUUUGAAUGCUGUGUACACUGGCCUUGUCAGUCCAGCUUACAGAGAGACUGAAGCUAAUCUUCUGUGUAUUAACAGUUUUAUACCCAUCAUCAUGACCACACUUUCACUGUUGGUUGGUUGUCUGUUCUCAAUCCAGCAGGAAUAUUGAAUGACGUUGCUGCACUUGAUACACUCUUAUCAUAACUCGCAUAUACGAACACACAGAUCUAAUCAGUUGUGGUCCUGUGGUGGUGUUUCCUUUGCUGGACGAGGUAGAGGGAGGCUGUAUGCAUGUGCGUAGUAACAGAUUGUGUACAUUCUGACCUAUAUGGUAGAUAUAAUAGCAGAAUAUUGGGUGUGAGUGUGUGAUUUUUGUCAUUAUGGAGCUGGAGAUGUUAAUUAAUCUUUAUUUGCUUUAUUAGUGACUGAUUGUUUUCCCUUAAAGACUAUAACUAAUAAAUUUUUUAUUCAAAAUUAGUGUAAUGUGACCACAGAUGAUGAUGGUGAUGCGUGUUUAUUUUUAUUUUAACUUUCUUCAGCUUU